AUGAUGGACCCAGAUGAGCAUGAUUUCAGCUCCACUGACAUCCUCGGUCAGAUGAGAAGUGAAGCUCCCAAAGCAGGCCCGAAAUCCAAGGCUAAAGCUAAAGCGAGAGGCAAGGGCCCGCAGCUGAAGACAUGCUUUGUUGAGGGCUGCCCCGACCUAUGUGUGCCUGGCAAACGGUGGUGUAAACGACACAAUGCUGCCUAUGACAACCUGUAUUACCAGGCCAAAAAGGCUGCCGAGAUCCCCACUUUGGAAGCUUCCAUGCGGGACCCCGAGACUGCCCAGCGAGCCUUUGACUUGUACUUCGAGCAAAACCCCUGCGACGGAAAGUGGAGGCGGAAGUGCAUUGUCAACUGGGCGCAGUGGAAGCGGCAGUUUGUGAACAGCCAAGUGAAGCGGCACCGUGAAGGCUGCAGGCCUUUUGAAUACACUCAGCGGCUGUUGUAUUGCCAAGGCACGAUGGGCUGGUCCAAGGAAUCGGCAAAGUCGGAGUGGGAAAAACAUUCCAAGGACCGGUCCCUGACCCAGGACAAGAAGGGACUGGAUGGGUGCGAUCGCAUUUGGAUCCCUGUGAUUGAAGAGAACCACUUUGACAAGGAUCGAGCUCGCCACAGCAUCUAUCAGGAAGGUGGCAACGUGGAGAAGAAUCUCAGUGAUGAGGACAGAGCCGUGCUUCUUGGUCAUGUCAAGAGGAACCUCAAGGACGGGGAUCACCGCGACUUCUUCAAAGGGGAUUGGGAGGCAGAGACCGAUGAUGUCACCAGGACCCCGGCGAAGAAGCGCGAGAGAGACGACACGGAGAUUGAGACCCCUGCGGAGAAGAAGGCCCGGAUGAAGUACGAGAAGCUCACCAGCAAUGGCCCCAGCUUCCAGGCGUUCAAGAACACAUGCAGCGAGAAGAUCAAAGAGAAGUUGGGUGUGGUGACGGCGACAUCAAGCGGUGUUGCUGCGAAGAUCUCCGAGGGCUUGGUGCAGUUGGAGACUGCGCAGCAGAAGUACUCGGAGGACAAGGUCUUGUCUUCUUUUGCCGAUUGCUUGAAAGCUUCUGAGAUUGCUUUGGAUGCUUGGCUUAGCAAAGGCACGACAUUGCCCGCCGAUGUGGCGGCCCGUGAGGUACUGAUUGAGAACGUGACAACCCAGCUCAAGGAGAAGAUUGGGGCAGUUGGUGAGAGUGUCAAGCUCGUGAAAGGUGAUGCCACCCUCCAUCCCAGGUUGUACUUUGAAUCGCAGGCCUUGUCCGUGCUGGAGUACGAUGAUGCGAAGAAGGUGGUUGACAAUCAGGCCCUCGUGCUCAAGACAAUGCUUCCAGUUGCCGACCUGUUCAUGAAGAGCAUCCUCAAGAUUGUCACGGACAUUGCUAAUUACAUCAAGCAGAAGGAGAAGAACACGGAGCGUGCCGAGGCAAAGAAGAAGAAGGAUGCUGAUCAGCUGGAGAUUGGCAAGGUGAAGGAAGCAGCCAAGACGGCAGCUGCCAAAGCGAGGAUGUUCAAUAGGGCAACCAACAAAAUCUUCGCCAUCAAGGAGGACCAGUGGCAUGCAAUGCUUGAGCGAAGCGGCGAAACUUUCGAUGUCAACCAUUACUUGGACAAGCCGUGGGUGCUGAGGAAGAGUGAAACCGUCAAGACCUGGAGGAACAACGCCGAGGCCAGCGUGAAGUUAUCUGAGUUUGGCGGCUCCUACCGGAGAGUCCCCUCAUGCAAACAGGAGAACCGGGCUAUGGCACCGGUCUUGUCCAAGCAGGGCAAGGAGGCUGCGGAGCUCAUGGUGCCCCGUGACCAAGAAGCUGGACCUUUCAUCGUUGAAAGAUGGCAGCAAGUUCGAGAACAACAUGUGGUAUUGGGGGUUUGA